GUGACAGCUGUGCGGCGGUGACAGCCCACACGGGACGGCAGCCCGCAGAGCCGAGCCGACGCUCAAGAUGGCAGGUCUAUCUUUAUACUUUGAAGAUGGCCAUGAUGAUCUGGAUGAUUUUGGAUUUGAUGACUAUGGUACAGAGUGCGACGGUAUCCGCAUCACAGCCUUCCUGGAUGCAGGACAAGAUAACCUUACUCCUCUCGGGAGGCUAGAGAAAUAUGCUUUCAGCGAGAAUGUCUUCAACAGGCAAAUCGUGGCUCGUGGCCUGCUUGAUGUGCUUCGAGAGUUCAGUGACAAUGAAAAUGACUUUAUCAGUGUCAUGGAGACCGUUGCGAGAAUGUCGGAAGAUGGAGAGCCCACAGUCCGAGCUGAGCUGAUGGAGCAGAUUCCUAACAUCGCCAUGUUUUUGCAUGAGAAUCGGCCCAACUUCCCUGCUGCUUUCUCGAGAUACUUGGUACCAAUUGUUGUCCGGUAUCUCACUGAUCCGAAUAACCAGGUGCGGAAGACGAGUCAGGCAGCACUGCUCGUCCUGCUGGAGCAGGGCCUCAUCUCUAAAGCUGACAUGGAGACCAAAGUUUGUCCAGUUCUACUCGACCUCACAGAACCGAGCAGUGACGAUGACUACAAAAUUGAGGCAGUGGCUAUCAUGUGUAAAGUUGUCACCAUGUUGAGCAAAGACACAGUGGAGCAUCUGUUGCUGCCACGUUUCUGUGAACUGUGCAGUGAUGCCAGACUCUUCCAAGUGCGCAAGGUGUGUGCGGCCAAUUUUGGAGAAUUUUGUUCAAUUGUAGGCCAGGAGGCCACAGAAAAACUGCUGAUGCCCAAGUUCUUCGACCUGUGCUCAGACAGCCUUUGGGGCAUCAGGAAAGCCUGUGCCGAGUGCUUCAUGAUGGUCUCAAAUUCCACCUCUCCAGAGGUGCGGCGCUCCAAAUUGUCCCCCCUGUUCAUCAGUCUCAUCAGUGACCAGUCCCGCUGGGUACGGCAGGCAGCUUUCCAGUCUCUGGGGCGCUUCAUCUCCACCUUUGCUAACCCAUCCAGCACAGGCCUUCACUUCAGAGAGGAUGGUGCCCUACUAGAGGUCCCCAGAUGUACAUCUGACAGCGACUGUUCCCUAAACUCCCUGAACUGCUCUGACAUUAGCAGCUGCCACACAGAAAGAACCAUCACCCACACGCCUCCAAACCAGGACGGGCGCGCCACACCGUCACCAGAACAUGUGUCAACAGCUGACAGCGAGGAAUUGCACAACUUUGAUAACAGCCACACCUUAGUCUCUGAAGAGGUGCAUGGCGGUUUCACCCACACAAACAGCAGUGAUAGCCCGACAGCUACAAACAACGCUAAGAACACGAAAGAAGCAGAACAGACAGACGAGAACUUUAAUUCUUUUCACUAUUGGAGGUCUCCUUUACCUGACAUCAGCGGGGAACUGGAGAUGCUAAGUUGUCAAAAAAUGGAAGAGGUGAAGGAGGAAAAGAGAGAAGAAGAGGAACCUACAGAGAAUUGUAAUGAUUCCAAGUCUAACCAUGGCAAACAAGCUACCAGCGACCAGAUCCAGAAGGUUUUGGACUGUUUGCAGCCACACAUGGAUGACCCUGAUGUACAAGCUCAAGUUCAAGUGUUGUCGGCAGCUCUAAAGGCAGCCCAGCUCGACAGUCCGACAGACGACAGCCCGACUGAACCCCAGCCAGAGCUUCACCCAGAGCUUCAGACUGAAAACGGCGCAGACAGCCCUUUUGCAGAGAGUGAAAGUUUGGAGGUUCAGUCAGAGAUAGAGGUGCAAUCCACAGACGAAGAGCAAAUGUCAAAAACUCCCGCAUCCUCAGAGUCGUGCCCCAUCCAGGAGCAAGGAGACGAGGAAACGCAGACGGAGCCGCUGGAGAACCAGGAGCAGUCUCCUCCCAACUCCCCCGUUCUGGAGUCUGAACUAAUUGAGAGUAUGGAAGAGGAGGGAAAGGAUGACUCCCCUCACAGUCCAUUAUCUGAGGAUAAGCCUAAGGUCCAGAACGUGAUCCCGCAGCAGCUGCUGGAUCAGUACCUCUCUAUGACGGACCCGGCCCGCGCCCAGACGGUGGACACGGAGAUCGCCAAACACUGUGCCUUCAGCCUGCCGGGGGUGGCGCUUACUCUGGGUCGCCAGAACUGGCACUGCCUCAAAGAUACAUAUGAAACGCUCGCUACUGAUGUGCAGUGGAAGGUGCGGCGUACACUGGCUUUUUCCAUACACGAGUUGGCGGUUAUCCUGGGGGACCAGCUGACAGCAGCUGAUCUGGUACCCAUCUUCAACGGCUUCCUCAAAGACUUGGAUGAGGUCCGCAUUGGCGUGCUCAAACACCUUUAUGACUUCCUGAAGCUGCUGCACGCAGACAAGAGGAGAGAAUAUCUGUACCAGCUGCAGGAGUUCAUGGUGACGGACAACAGUCGCAACUGGAGAUUUAGAUAUGAGCUGGCAGAACAGCUGAUCCUGAUCAUAGAGCUGUACAGCCACUAUGACGUGUAUGAUUACCUCAGAGAGAUAGCGCUCACACUGUGCUCUGAUAAAGUCUCCGAGGUCAGGUGGAUCUCUUACAAACUGGUGGUGGAGAUCCUGCAGAAGCUUUAUGCUUGUGGGGCUGAUGACCUUGGCCUGAACUUCAUCAACGAGCUCACUGUUAGAUUCUGCCACUGUCCCAAGUGGGUGGGGAGGCAGGCCUUUGCCUUUAUCUGCCAGGCCGUAGUGGAGGAGGAUUGCAUGCCCAUGGAGCAGUUCAGUCAGCAUCUACUGCCCAGCCUGCUCAGCCUCUCAUCAGACCCCGUGGCAAACGUCCGCGUCCUGGUAGCCAAGGCUCUACGACAGAGCGUGAUGGAGAAAGCGUACUUCAAGGAGCCGGGCUGUGCUUGCGCUGACGAGCUGGAAGAGACCGUGAUGGCUCUGCAGUCCGACAAGGACCGGGACGUCCGCUUCUUUGCCAGUCUGGACCCAAACAAAGGCUUGAUAGACACAGCACCCCUGAUCUAGCCUCAGCUCUCCCCUUCCAAGCCCUGUUACAGCCCACCUGCCUGUCUUACCUACCUGUUUGUUUGACUGACACCCAGUCAGUUGUAAACUGCAACACCAGCACCUGACCAGAUUCCCCAGCCGCUCGCCUGCUGGGCAGAUUCACACCGACGACCACUUGAGAAACGAUGGCAGAUGUUCAGGUUGCUACAUUAAAAGUAUGAGCAUGCUCAAACACCACAGCUCUGUCUCUGGUUGGGCAAUACAAAGCGCACAUUACCUUCACAGCAACAACAACGAGGAGAAGAAUAAAGAAAAAAAAAAAAAAAAAGAGCAAACUUGUGAAUUUUCAUAAGAUGAGCAGGACUCGGACGUCAGCUGGACUGCUUUGCGUCAAGCUGCCGUAUUUUACACCUGAACUUUCCCUCUGCCUCCUCCACACUAACAUCGACUCAGUCCCCAAACACAGACUUGUAAAACUACGACAGGCUCUCUGUCUCCAAAGCUAAUUCUAAGCUUGACUAUGAAAUUGAGUUUUUGUUCUUGUGUCUUUUUUUUUUUUUUUUCCUUGUGAAUUUCUUAACGAACAAGCGGGCGAGGCCUGCCUGACUCUGAUGUGUGCACUAACUCAGGGGGACUCAUCUGAAUCUCAACAGCAUUAUUAGCUUACACAUUAAGCAGAAGCUCCUGGAUCCCUCAUGGAAAGAAAACAAAAAACAAAACAAAAAAAUCUCCAGCAGUCUGAGCAGCAGACCAGCCAAACCAAGUAGCUCUGCUGGUGUCUCGCGCCUCAGUUCAUCUUAAAUGCCUGUUGUCUCAGACAUCCUUUUGUCUUCUAAGAUGUCCUCUGGGUUAUUGUCUGUUCACUUCUAGCUUCUCAUGUUUCUCCCCUCUCUCUUUCACCUGGUCUUCAUGGGCCACUAAAACCACUACUGCUGCACAGAAGUAAAUGCGAUUCUGCCACUCAGCGUAACUCAAUUAAAUUCAUAUCUUUUAUAAAACAACAAUGACCUAAUGAACUUUUGAUUGCUUCCCUGCUCCGUGUCUGUUAACCAAAAAUGUGACACAAACUGUCUCCCAAAGAGCAGGAGGCUGAUGAAAUACCUCUGCUUGGACAUGACUGGCCAGUGUGAGGAGCAUCUGUGGUUCAAACAGGCUCUGAAUGUCCUCAGUUGGUGAUUUAUUUUAUUAUUUUUCCCUGUGGCGUUAACUCAGACAUUAAUAACAAGGGCUCAUGAAAUGACACAGGGUGAUGCAAGACUCAGAAGAGGAAGAAAGCAAGCACACUGAUGGAUGAUUUUUUUUUUUUUUUUGCAUGUUUUUUUCCCCCCUCAAACUUUGUGUGUUUGUGUGCACGUGUGUGUGAUUGUGUGCGCGCGUGUGUAAAGGUCCAUUUCACUUAAGGUCGACCUCCUGAUAUUGAGUUGUGACCAUGGUGGCGUUCAGUGGAUCUGACUGACCGAUUGUAAAUUAGGAAAUAGGAACGGCAGUGUUAGUAGGCUAAAAAGAUGCCUGAUCAUUGUUUCCCUGUCUCAGCGGAAUUAUUUCAAGUAUGAGAUUUUUCUGAAUUUUGGACAGCUUUGAACCUGUGGAAAAAAACAUUAUGGAACCAAGGCCAGUGUAGUCGGGUUUUCACCCUGUUUGAGACGUGUUAUAAAUAUUGGGAGCAGUCACCAAGUCACUUUGUGUAGUCUCUCGAGCUUGUCUGUUCUUCCUCUCUUGUAUAUGGUAACCCCCCCCCCCCUUUUUUUUUUUUUUUUUUUUUUUUUUUUUUUUUUUUGUCUGUUUUUAGCUUAGAAAUAAGUUGAAAACUUAAAUCGAUUGUGGUGUGUGAGCUUUGUAUCUCAAGUCUUUCUUCCUUUGAAAGGAGAGCUCACUGCAGUAAUGGCGGUGUCCACUCAUCUCGUCUGUCUGCAAUUUGUGUCCCAUCUCAUUUUUUUUUUUUUUUUUUUUUUUUUUUUUAAA